CGCGGGAAGACCGGGCGGCAAUGGCGGCGCGGCUGGAGCGCGCGAGGGGCGCGCUGGCAGCGCUUGAGGCCGCCCUGGAGUUGGAGGAGGAGGAGGGUGAUGUCCCCACCCGGGUGCUGGUGGAACAUCAAAUGGACACCCGGAGGAAGCAGAAGCUGCUCCUGUCCCAGCUCCGGGUGCUGAAGAUGCUCCUGGGGGUCAUCGAGAACCCGGGGCAGCCCCUGGCGCCCACCAACUUACGCGAGGCGGUGGCACAGGCUCGGGGGCGCUGGCAGGAGCUGAAGGUGAAGUACGGGGAGGCCCUGGGGGCCCUGGAGGAGGCCGUGCCCGCUGCCCUGCAGCAGCUGGAGCGGGGCCAGCAGCUGCUGCAGCGAGGGAAGGCAGCCCUGGAAGCACAGCUGGAACAGCAAGAAGAGCUGAAGCAGAAGGUCCGUGAGGCCACAGAGAGACGGGACCAGCUGCUCCGGCGGGUUCAGGAGCGGCGCCUGCAGCGGCUCCGCCGGCGGGAGGACCUGCAGGGGCUGCAGGACAGAGUGGCCAGGGUGAAGGCCUCGUGUGAGCUGUACCAGACCCUGGCAGGGGCCCGGGUGCUGCCCCCCUCCCCAGGGACCCCCGAGCUGGAGCUGGAGCUGGGACCCCCUCCUGGCUCCUCCCAUUCCCUGCCCCCCCUUCGCCUGUCCCUCCCCCCAGCGGGGAGCUCCAGCUGCAGGAACCCCCCCUGGGGCUGCCCCCUCCCCUGGGCCCGGGGCUGCUGGAGCUGCAGCAGAGCUGCUGGGAGAGCUGGAGCCUCUGGGAGGAGGUGGCACACCUGAGGAACAUGUUCGCCCUGGACUGGCAGCCGGAGUUGGGGCUCCUGCAGGUCCUGGGGGGCCCCCAGGGUGCCCAGACCCUCUGGACGCUGCAGGUGGAGCCAGGGUACCCCAAGAGCGGGGGAGUGAAACUGCUGCCCCCCCCAAAGGGGGCCUCCCCCAUCCCUGCACCCCCAGACCCCCCCACUCUGACACGGUGGCUGGAGCUGCUGGUGGGGGGGGGUUCCUGAAAAGGGGGGAUCCCCCUCCCAUAAAAAACCCCCUGCACCCCAAUAAACUCACGGCCACUCCUUCUCCAG